UGUUGCCCUGCAUCUAAUAUCGGUAGCCAUACGGCAAGAAGCGACAACGUUCCUCAACGUUACCCACCAUGUGAGUAGGGAGCCAUUGAGCUCAAUCUGCCUUUCCCUCCGCCGACCUCGCGGGCACCCGGCCUUGGGCUUGUCGUCCGCGGAAUCACUGUACCUCCUAUCCCCGAUCGCUCGUGCUUCAUAUAAGCUCACCAACAGCACUUGCCUCAACAGUUUGUGUAGGCUACACGGGGGUGGGGUGGACCUUUGUGUGUCUGUGUGCGAGGCGUGCAGCUGUCGUCAUGCGUCCACGCGCUGGCGUUGCUGCUCUACCCCAUGAGCUGGCAGCACGUGUACAUCCCCCUACUGCCUCCACACCUGCUCGAGUACUGCAGUGCUCCGAUGCCCUUUCUCAUCGGAGUCCAUUCCUCGCUCAUGGACCGUGUGCGGACGAUGCCGCUGGACGAUGCCAUCGUGUUCACCAUCGACACGAACACCAUCGAGACGCCGCUCAAUGACUUGCAGGGCCUGCCCAGCGACGUGGUGGCGGCGCUGCGCUCCCGCUUGAAGCGCCCGGCGAGCGUGGGAGACGGCGUGGCGCGCGCCUUCCUCAAGUCGCAGGCGGCGCUGUACGGGAGCUACCGCGAGGCGCUCCGCUUCCAGCCCGGGGAGCCGAUCACCUUCAGCGAGGACGCGUUCGUGUGCCACCGCUCGGCGAGCAUGCGGACGUUCCUCACCAACGCCACGCAAAUGCAGAUCUUCAAACAGUUCAUAGAGGAGCGUCUGGAGCGGUUGAAUGCGGGCUCGGGGUUUAACGACGUGUUUGAGGAGGAGAUCAACCGCAGUGAGACCGAAGGAGGAGCAACGAAGUCCUACAAUCAGUGGCUCACAACGGUGAAGAAAGGAGGCGGGGCCAUCUUCCAGACGGUGAAGUCCAAGGCCAAUCCCGCCGUGAAGUCUGUGUACAAGUUUGCGAGGGAGCAAGCGAAACUCGCGAAAGACCAGGCACGCAUGGGCAUCCAGGAGGUGAAGAGCCGCCUCAAGCAGAAGGAGGGAUCCUCCGUGGACGACUUCUCCCCGCAAGAAAGCCCCACGACGUUCAGCCGCCUGGGAGAGCCGUGGGCCUCGCCGGACCACGACCCCUCGCCCACCGGGGCCGCCGCCGCCGCCGCCGCCGGGGCGGCCCCGCUGGGCUCCAACGGGGACGUCGCUGACUGGAAGCGCACGUCGCUGCCCAGCCCGGACAUCCCUUAUUUUCUGGAGGAUUCCGGCUCUGACCCCGAGGAUUCCGCUCCUGGUUUUCCGGACACUCGGCUACUGGGCUGUCACCUCCGCUGGUGUGUCUGCAUGUCGCAGCCCUACCGCUCGCUGGACAAUCGUCAUCACAACCGUGCGGAGCGAUCCGAUUGGCCGGCGGAGGCCGUGCGGCAUCAGCUGGCGGCGAAGUCAUUGGACGACCUGCGAGGAGACCGACUCAUGAGCAGGCCGCCUGCUCCAGGCCUCUCGUUGGCCGACGUUGGCGCUUCCCUGCCGUCGCUGACUCCGCCCCUGCCCCGCUUCCCGACCAACCAGAGCGCUCCCCGGCUGCUGGCCCCACCCCCGGCCGCCCACCCCUCGAGAGCGGACGCGGGGGACUCCAACAACAACCACGGCGCCAAGCCGCGCCGGCGCGCCGAGAGGGCCGCGGCGCGUCGCCACCCCGGCGGCUUCGACGACCUCGUCAGCCUCGACGAGCCGGGAGACGGCGAAGGCGGCGGCGACGGGGGGAGCGCCGGGGGGGUCGAGGAGCCGGACCUCCUGGAUCUGCUCGACCCCCUGAAGCGGCGGACGCAGCUCCCCGGCGCCACCGCCGCCACCGUCGCCGGGGAGCCGAGCGUCCGCGACCUGCUGGAGGCGUCUCCCCCCGCCCCGCGGCGCUUCCACCCCUCGCCCGCCCUGAGCCUCUUCGAUGCUCCACAUCCCGCGAUGGUGUCGGCGAAUCGCUUCGCCCCGUUCCCGCCGGCCAAUCGGAUCGCUUCCUUGCCAGCAAAUCGGUUUGCGGUCGCGCCGCAGCAGCCGCCGCCCGCGCUGGCCAAUUGCCUUCAGGCCACGCCCGUUGCGUUCGCGACGUGCGGUCCGGCUGUCCCGCCAGCCAAUCGGACGUUCCCCUUCAACUAUCAAGUGGCCAAUCGGAUGCAAGCUCCGGUGCCGCUGCCCCCGCACGCGGCCAACAGGACGCUGCCUGUGCAGCCAGCCAAUCAGUUGCCUCCAUUCUUAGCCAAUCAGACGUCUCCGUUUAAUCAAACCUUCCCACCGGCCAAUCUCGUGGCAGCGGCGGCAAACCAUCACGUGACCGCGCCGGCCAACCAGAUGCCUGCGCGGGCGAGGAGGCCGAACCCGCCCACGUCUCUCCCGCUCCCGGAUCCCGGGUCACGUGACGGCGACGUCACGCAGCGCAGGCAGCAGUGGGAAACGUUCGAUUGAUGAUCGCGGGACGGACACGUGUCUGGAGAGAGAGAGGGGGGGUGUGGAGCGUGGGGCGCAAUCGCGGCCACGAUCGAACACUCGAAUUAUACCGCCAAGGUUCAACCGCUCGACAAGAGCGACCGAGACGCGCGAUCGCAGCGGAGAACUCGCCCGCCAAUGGCUCGGCGCAAACGAUUGGGAAAGUGGUGGCGCUCCUCCCGGAAAGCCACUUCCCCACACCCUCCCCCCGCGGCUUCUCCCCGCUCUGCCCGGAAGAAAGUAGAAGCGUAGGCGGUGAGCGUGUUGGGGACGAUGCUAGUAUACGUGAGUGCCUUCCAGUGUUAAUUUGUUUUGCCUGAAUUAUGGACUAAUGCCACUGCUAUUUUAUUAUUUUUAUUAUUGUACUUUUUAUUUUUGGGGGGAUGAACGCAAAAUCCAUGGCCUGAAAAGAGAAGUGGAGCUGCAAGAUAGGGUCGCUGUUCAGGUGAACAUCUCUUGUUAUCAAGGAAGGAUCACCAGAUUACAAAUUGAUAGCUAACUCUGGUCUUUGUUGACGAGGCGUUUGCAAUCGUAUUGCUUGAAACAAAUGGUGAAUGUGACAGGUUCCUUACGAGUUCAACACCAACCGGUUGUGUGGUGGAGGAUAAACCCACGACAACAUUUACAAUUCGAGUACUGUCACAUUUCGCCGGUGAUAACAACCAUCCUCACCAGGCGACAGACGUAAUUUUUUUUUUUUUUCACGGCAAGCCUUACCAAUUGGCUGUGUUGGGUGGUGGCGAGUUUAAAUGACACAUAUUUACGCGAUCUAACCCAAAAAACAAUCGAUUAUGGAUAAUAUCGGCCACGAAAGCCUACUACGUGUUAAAUGAUGAUGAUGAUGACAUUUAUAUUUACGCGAUCUAACCACAAAAAAAAACGAUUAUUGAUAAUAUCGGCCAUGAAAGCCUACUAUGUGUUAAAUGAUGAUUAUGAUGAAGAAAGCUCACUUGCACUUCCAGAAAGCCCCCGUAGAGAAGUUCCGUGGCUUCAUCACGGUUACUCGCCGCUUCCCGUGUUGGCCCAUCGACCUUCCGGUCACCUCUCGUGAAUUACAAGCCGGGAGGAGACGCGGCGUUUGGGGGCAACGCCGAGAUGGAAAUAUCCCGGUUAGGCAUUUCACAGGGGGACAGCUCAUGAAGUACGAGCCGAUUCCCCUUUGCGAUUGGUUCGUUUACGCAGCUGAGAGCCCUCUCUCGAGUGACGAGGAGGUGUUGUGGGUCUGAAGGUGGACAACCGGAGGAAAGCGCUCGCUCUCCGAUUAACAUUAAUGCACAGUGUAAACAAGUCAACAAAUAAACCCAAUUGCUCUCUU